GGGGAUGGGGAUGGGGCGGAGGGGGAGUUCCGGCUCCCUCACACAGCGCAGGUUUAGGAAUAGCCCGCCGCCGCCGGCGAGCGAUGGCGCGAGAAGUCCUCCGCCGUCGUCGGUUAGGAGUUCCGGCAGCAUGCGAAAAACCAUGAGGAGUCCCCCGCCGCAGGAGGUACACGCCGCCGAGAGCUUGCGCGAAUCGUUGCGACCGCAGAAGCAUGAGACGAGGGGCGUGCUAUCGCGAGGAUCGCUACGUGGAGAUCCGGAUGUGCACAGGGAGAGGCGCAGGUUUAGUUCUUCGUCGGAGUCCGAGGAUGGAAGGGGGUUGGCGCCUGUGAAGCGGAGGCAGGACGCGUAUGCUGAGUCGCUUGGGAGUUAUGCUAGCGAUCUGGACAGCAUCGUGGAGGAUGAAAGGAGGCAACAGACGAGACGCAGGAGGAAGAGUGCUCCCAUCGUGGAGGAGGAAGAGGAGGAGGAUAGAAGAAGGAGGGAGGAUCAGGAGGAUAUCCGGCGGAAGAGGGAGGAGGCGAAGAUGAGGCUUAGACGGGGUGAGGAGGCGGACGAGGAAUUGAGGAAACUUCGCCAAGAGGAGGAGGAGAUUAAACUUCGACGCGAGGAGGAGACGAGGCUUAGACGUGAGGAAGAGGAGAUGGAGAAGAGGCGGGCCGAACGAAGGAAGACGUUAUCAUUACUCGAGUCGCCGCGCAUCGCGCAGGAAGAGGUCCAAGUGGUCCCGCGGUCACCCGCGCGCACGCACUUCGCCGGCACGACGCUUGAGGCACAUCGACACUCUCCACCACCGCGAUCGGUGAGCCCUGCCAAGAGCGCGCUGAAGCAUCCCAUCUCCGAGAGGGUUCCCGGCGAUACGAGCCCGAUUGCGAGUGACAGGAAGAGGACGUAUGUACGUGUUUCGUUCUCGGAUGAGGAGAGUGUUGUUUCUUUCUCACAUUCAAGGCCGCCGGCCGUGACGGUGGAUGAGCUCGCGCCAAGACCGGGACUACCGGUGUUUGGGAGUGUCAAGGAGAGGGAUAUUGCGGCUGAGAUGGAGACAUGGAGGAAGCGUGAGACGACGCUGGUUGAGCCAGCGCCUCCGGUUGCUGCAAAUGGGGAUCCGAUUUCCUUUGGGUCUGAAGCAGUGCCUGAACUGGUGUUGAUCGAGCCUACGCCGAUGGAAGAGAAAAAAGAGAGUGUGGCCAUGUCUACGGUUUUUGAGAAAUCGCCAGCCGCACCGCUUGAGACAUCUGCGCUCACACAACAGCCCCUUCACCGCAAGCAAGUUGGCACUGUCUCGCUCCCAAUAACGCCCGUGCCCGGAUCCUUCCCAGAGACAUCAUUCGUACCGACCGCCGAUGAUGCAGCCAGCGAUUCUGACAGCUCCAGCAUGUACGAAGAUGCACUCGAGGACGUCACCCCACCGGCGGAACCUACGAUGAACCCAUUAAUCGUCGCUACCACCCCCUCAGCGCCCCCGCAAUCUACAGCUUCAUCGCCCCCGCAAUCUCCACGUCAAACCAAUGCAGGCAACCGCACCCCCAUUCCUCGGCCCCCUUCACCCCCGCUCCCGGCCAGUUUCUCCCUGCCAACCCCCACCCCCUCUCGCAGACGUUCCCUCACCCCACCCCCACGCCGCCGUUCCUCCCAGCGCCAAACCUCGCAGCCCCCUCGCCACGACGAUGACGACGACGACGCAGCCUCAGUCUCCAGUUUCCGCCGCGUCCACCCGCGCGCAACUUGCGGCUUCCGCAGCUCUAUGCGCAUUGCUGCUCCCAUCGCUCCCGCGAGACGUUUCUCUGAAGACUCGAGCGACGAGGAAGCGGGUGGUGUGCGCCGACGGUUCGGCCUUGGUGGUGGUGGCGAGGGCAGGUCGUGGAAGAGUAGGUACGAAGACUCUAGCGAUGACGAGGGGGGUGUAAGGCCCGUUACCGCUCGGAGUAGUGUGCGCCCCGCCACGGCAGCAAGUAGUCCGGGGAAGCUGAGGAAACAGAGCUUCAAGAAAACGUCUUCGGCGCCGAUUCAAGGGGAGGAAGAGAAGACGAAGAAGAAGGGGUUGUUUGGGUUCUUGGGGGGGAAGCAGUCAAGAAAGAAUCUAGAGAAGAGGAGUGAGAGUGCGGCAUUAGAUUCGGCGUUUCCCACUGGGGAGGGGGAGGCGAGGAAGGAAAAGAAGAGGUGGUGGAAGUUUGGGCAUUAGGUAAUACGAUCGGAGUGAUUUGAGGCGGUAUAUGCUUUUCUGCGAUGAUAAACCAUGAGGUCAUCUAAUUUACGUUCUUCUAUGGAUCUGUUACUUUAGUUUGAUGUAUCUUUUGUAGUGAGGCGCUGGGUGGACUUUGACUUCUAUUUAUACUUAGCGGGUGGGAAUCAUUUGGGAAUGAGAUUUUUGAUGUGUGAUUGAUUAUGAUCGUCUACAUGUUUUACCAUCAACGGUGUACU